GCAGUUGGCGCCCAGGACGCGGCGCGGUGCCGGCGAGGGCACAGCUCUGCCAGCGAUCUCCGGUCUGCGCCGCGGGAGGACGGUAGCUUCCGGGUCUGCAGACAGGAGGAGAAGAUGAAGGAAGAUUGUGCACCCAGUUCUCACGUGCCCAUCAGUGACAGCAAAUCCAUUCUGAAGUCGGAGCUCUUAAACCUGCUGAAAACCUACAACUGCUACCAUGAGGGCAAGAGCUUUCAGCUGAGACACCGAGAGGAGGAAGGAGCUCUGGUCGUCGAGGGGCUCCUCAACAUCGCCUGGGGGCUGAGGCGGCCCAUCCGCCUCCAGAUGCAGGACGACCGGGAGCCGGCGCCUCUCAUCAGCCGCCUGGACGCCGGGCAGCCCAGCUGCCGCCUAAAGGAGCCGCUCCUGCAGGGUGGCACCGCCCAGCAGCCAGGCCCUCAGCCCUCCGAGCACAGGCCUGAGCGUGCCAGCGACAGCUCAGGGACAGCGUCACAGCAUGUCACCGGUGCUCCGCCGGGGCCUGACCCCGCCUCCCUUCCCGCUGCAGGGCCCCCGGAGGAGGACGAGGAGACCCCACAGCUGAUGCGCACCAGGAGCGACGCGGCCUGUGUGAUCCAGAGGAGGCCCAGGUGCCGCACCCCCGGCGACACCCAGAGGACCCGGCGACACCGCUUCUCCAUCAACGGGCACUUUUACAACCACAAGACCUCCGUGUUUACGCCUGCGUAUGGGUCCGUGACCAACGUGAGGGUCAACAGCACCAUGACCACCCUGCAGGUGCUCAGCCUGCUGCUCAGCAAGUUCCGGGUGGAGAACGGCCCCAGUGAGUUCGCACUCUACGUUGUUCACGAGUCGGGGGAGCGGACAAAAUUAAAAGACUGUGAGUACCCGCUGAUUUCCAGAGUCCUGCACGGGCCCAGUGAGAAAAUUGCCAGGAUAUUCCUGAUGGAAGCCGACCUGGGCGAGGAGGUGCCCCAUGACGUUGCUCAGUACAUUAAGUUUGAAAUGCCGGUGCUGGACAGUUUUAUUGAAAAAUUAAAAGAAGAGGAGCAAAGAGAAAUAAUCAAACUGACCAUGAAGUUCCAAGCCCUGCGUCUGACGAUGCUGCAGCGCCUGGAGCAGCUGGUGGAGGCCAAGUAGCCAGCCAGAGCCCGCCUCUUCCGAAGCCACCAGCAGCCAAUGCACACCCAGUGCCUGUGAGCGGGCCCUGACUGGCAUCCCCACCUGAGGAAUCAGCACCUGUCUACCUGCCUAAGUACCACGAAUCCCACAUCCCUGGUUCUUAUCUCCAAGGUGAGCACUCGCAGGACCCAGACGCUGGCCUGAGUAGCAGGAACUUGCUGGUGGGGUUUCCUGCUGGUUCAGUGGGAGCUGCGUGAAAGGCUGCUCUGGGCAUUGAACAGCCCUGGCGCUGACACCUGCCACUGGAUGGCGUGGCUAGUCCUGUUCACGCCACACCUCCUGCUUAGGAGAGCAGUGCCUACCCGUGCCCCGGGAGCUGGCUCAGCCCCUCAGGGCCCAGCCCCGUCCUCUGCGUCCACGUGAGCCACCUUGUGCUGCGCUCAGGAGCUCUGCCGGGAAGGCAGGGCUGCCUGCAGGGAUGGAAUGUGCCUACUCCCAGCAUCACUUCACCGUGGCGUCCCAGGCUCCUGGCCUCCAAACAUCUGAUGUCGCUCCGUGAGCCUCACACAGCCCAGUGCGCCGGAGGCAGAGGCCGGACAGGAAUAAGACCACAAGCACCUCUUCUCUCUGCAGCACUAACUCUAAACUCCCUCCGCAAGACCUGAAGGAAUUCUUAUAAGGAACUCACUGAGGAGGUGGCCCACAUGGUAUUGGAUGUACGACACCUUGUGGGAGAGUCCGGGGUCCAGGGGCUGUGGUCAGCGGCUCGAGAAGGCAGUGCCCAGGCCCCGCCACACUUCCCUCUCUGGGCUGCAGCCUCCAUGCAAAGUACUUCCCGCAAAGGCGUGCGAUGAGGAGAAAUGUCAGCCUGCGGAGAAAGGGCUUUGAAUUCAUUGGGACCAGACACUGAACCAUGUGGGUUGGUCAGCUGAUGGAGAAUUUCUGGAAGGAAUAAGAAGUCUCCUGCAAAACUAUGCAACAAUUUAUGUCAGUCGUGGUGUGUGUCAGCAAGCUAAAGACCAAAUUCUUUUCCCACUGCCGGUGGGGGGCAGACUUAAAGGGGAGAACCAGCGAGGCCUCCAAAUGCAGGCGGGGAGAUUCGCCCUCCGCCUCAGCAGCGGCUCCUCGGAGCGCCCCCAGGAGCAGAGCUGGGGAGCAGCCAGGCUGCGCGGUUUGCUGCCUGCGCCCCUUGGCAGCGUGGUUUCCUAGGUGCUCAAUAAAGGUGUGCUCCACUGAGCUGGAGGAGGCAGGA